AUGGAGUUCAAGGGUGAUUCCGUUGUGGCGGAGGAUUCGAGACAUGGGCAUUUCAUGAAGCAAGCCUUGUUGAUGGGCGAGAAGGCUCUUGAGUCAGGCGAAACUCCCGUUGGUUGUGUUCUGGUGCACGACGAUCAAAUUGUGGGGUCUGGCAUGAACGACACCAACAGAUCUAUGAAUGUGGACAUGCUUCAAAGCUACCCUAGGGCAGCAUUGCAAUCUACUGAUCUUUAUGUUACGGUUGAACCAUGUGUGAUGUGUGCUUCCGCGCUGAAGCAGUACCGCAUCCGCAAAACGCCAUCAACCGAUCGUACAAGGCUAAUCGAAUUCAGCUCCUCAAUUGACCUAUCAUACCCUGUCUACGGAGGGCUGUUCAGGGAAGAAGCAAUCAUGUUGCUUCGUCGUUUCUAUAUACAGGAGAACGAAAAAGCUCCUAACCCCAGACCGAAAAAGAAUCGAGAGUUGAACACUAGAUUUGAAGAUGGGAAUGAAGCGCCAUCAACUUGGUAG